UUGUGCUGGACUGUUAUGGUGGACCUGGCAACCCCUCCCUGCGGGCCGUGCUGCCUCUGGCCGGGGGAGAGGCUCCAGACCCAGGCCGCUGUAGAGCUUCACUUCCCGGAAACAGCGUCUCAGUGCAGCGAAAACAUGGCGACGCUCUCCGUGUGCCAGCCUCAGUUCGGCGGUUUCAGUUUCGAGAACUGUAAGAGGAAUGCUUUACUAGAAAGGGACGUUGCAAAGGUGGGAUGCAGUCUACCAGGAGCUCGCAAAACUGGCACCACUAUCUGUGGGGUUGUGUACAAGGAUGGAGUGGUGCUGGGAGCUGACACCAGAGCGACUGAAGGAAUGGUUGUAGCUGAUAAGAACUGCUCUAAGAUACACUACAUCUCUCCUAACGUUUAUUGUUGUGGAGCUGGGACAGCAGCAGACACUGAGAUGACCACUCAGCUGAUCUCCUCUAACCUUGAGCUGCAUUCUCUCUCCACCAACCGCCUCCCAAGAGUGGCCACCGCUUGCCGCAUGCUUAAACAGAUGCUUUUCAGGUAUCAGGGCUACAUUGGAGCAGCACUGGUGUUGGGUGGAGUUGAUUGCAAUGGGCCACACCUGUACAGCAUUUAUCCACAUGGCUCAACAGACAAGCUACCCUAUGUUACCAUGGGCUCUGGAUCCCUGGCUGCUAUGGCUGUGUUUGAAGACCGCUACAAACCUGACAUGGAGGAAGAAGAUGCCAAGCGUCUGGUGCGUGACGCGAUAGCAGCCGGUAUCUUCAAUGACCUGGGCUCGGGCAGCAACAUCGAUCUGUGUGUGAUCACUAAAGGAAAGGUGGAUUACCUGAGACCUCACGACGAGGCCAACAAGAAGGGUGUGAGAACCGGCGACUACAAGUACAAGAGUGGAACCACAGGUGUUCUGUCGAAGUUGGUGAUCCCUCUCCAGCUGGAGCUGAUGGAGGAGAGUGUGCAGACCAUGGACACAUCCUGAACAGACAGCUCUGACCUAUAUCUCCUUCACCCUGACCCUGUUCUUUUGUGUCUCUCAUGUAUGGAGAUGUUUUUUUUCCAGUGUUUACAAUAAAAUGUGUUGUGAAGAGAA